AUGUGCGCAUACGCAUACCCAGCUGAUCGGACCGAAAGGCGAAGAAGGAACCAGCCCAAGAUGCAUGGCUGCUUGACACUGAUCGAUUACACUUGGAAGGAGAGCGACGACAGUGAGUGCACCUCACCAAGGCAUCGCGAAGGUGCUCACUCAAAGCGUCGGCUAGAGCGUAGUGCCAUCCGAUUUCAACGAGCUGCCACACUGGCUACUUGCGAAGAUCGUAGCAAGCACUUGGGAAAGUACGGUAGGAAGCCGACGAGUCCAGCAGAGAGGGCAAGAGUUAGACGCACUCUCACCGUGGUCGAUGUCUACCCACCCAGGCAGGCACCGACCUACGCGUCGUGGGUACGCAUGCACAGGCCUGAGUUUGCUUCGGUUUGGUAUCCCUUUGUUCAUUGCCGAUAUAGACUUCAAAGGGACCCAAACACCGGAGCAAUACAGUGGAAUUCGGACUCAAAUACAUUAUUUUGUACUCCUCGGACUUUGACAGAAAUUUGUAUUGCUUACCUGAUUCGCGACUGGCCUUGCAGUUUGCCGCCACGCGGUCAGCAGACAACGAUAUCGCCUGAGCCUGUAUGUUCUGGAAUCAAGGACACCCUAUCAGCCUCGAGUUCCGACUACAAACACCUUUCUGUGCAUCUUUUCGAGAAGCUUCUCACCGAGGCGAUUGUACAACGUGACUGUGCGGCCAUUUCUGGUCUCAUUGCAAACUGGCCUGGUGUUUACUUAAACGUUCGGCAGAUUCUACCGAAGGAGGACUUUCCUCUAACUCGAGGCUACCUCACAAAGCCCGUCUUUGUCACUUCAAAUUCUGACUCUCUUGAUUCCAUCUUUAACAGCGUUCUCAAAGGACCAAGUCUCUUGGAUGCCCUCAUUAUUGGGGUACUGUCUAGGAAUCCAAAUUGUGCGCUUCAGGUGAUUGAUGUCAAUGGUUUUGAAGAGGAAUUUGCUUUCGUAUCAACAAUGGGUGAAUUGGUUGCGUUUCCCCAUUUUAAUUGCGACCUCUAUGUUGCCACUGUUCCAAAUCCCAACAAGCAGCAAUGUGAUGUGUUGGCUAAGACGUUGCACGCUGACGAGAGUCAAUCCCAGGAUAAAAAUCAACGUGUGAGCAUCGAGUUGUCGAGGCUGCCACUGCUCUGGAUGAGCCCGGAGAGACGCGGUUCAGAGGACGUGCGACAGCAAAUUCGCGGCAGUCUGCAGCUGGCCAUUCAGGAUCAACGUUUUGACCGAUAUUUUACGCGGAUUUCUACUAUUUACAACCUUCAUGAGGGAGACUUCUGCCAUGAGCAGAAUUUCGUCGAUGAAGUAGCGUUCGGCCUAGCUCUACAGUCAAUGACUCCCUUUCGCUUUUCUUGCAAUCGUCUGCUCAUGCGACGCUUGCCCGAGCUUCAACUUCCCGUCUUCAACCUCAUUCGAUUACUCGACCCCCUGUCGAUAACACAGUUUGAGUUGGAGGACCCAGAACUUGGUGCUGGUUCAAUGGGAGGCCUGCCCUCCGCGCUCGGUUGGUUAGCCAGCCUGCGCAAUCUCCGAGCCUGUUCACUGCCAGCAUGCAUUCCUCCACCCCUCAACACCACCACCACCUCGUCAUCUGCCGCCGCUAUCGCCAAGCCCUCAAAUUUGGGUCCCUGCCGUCUGCUUAACCGAUCACUCAUCUCGCUACGCCACUUGCAGCGCCUCAGUUUGGCUCGGUGCUACCUUCAGGGACAACUCCAGCUCCUUCUCGGUGCACUCAACCAGCCACUGGAGUAUCUCAAUCUACAGGAUACGUCAACUAAAACUAUGUCGGCGGCUGCGCAAAACUGGCCGAUUUCCUCUGACGAGUCAGAUGCCGAGUGCCUUUCCUCGAGAUGCACACUCCGAGUUCUUUGCAUCCAAAACUUUAUUCCACCUUCGACAGAGGUUAGCCACAGCUUGCUGCAUCUAGCCAUCACUUUACCACGACUUCGACUACUCCAACUUUAUCCGGCGUUCUAUGCCUUCCCUGGGGUAAACGAAAAGGAGCAACAGGCUAACAGAACCCAGGCUAUCCUGCAAAGCAAUACCUAUGUCAGACGUAGAGGUCGAAGAGGCAUUGAAGUCCGAUGUGACAGCCUUGUGGAAGAACUGGAGAACGAUAAAGUUCUGCUGCAUAAUACUGCCGUUAGUUCAAUAAUCAAUGUGGUCGGUUUUAUUAAUCCAUGGGGUAAAGUACAUACACACUUAAAUGCAACUUAG